AUGGAGAAUGAAAAUCUGAUCCUUUUAUGUAUUUUGCAGGAAGUCAUUGAUUUGACAAAAGACCUCCUGACCUCACAGCCGGCAGAGACUGUUGCCAAAACAAGUGGCUCGGACACAGUUCCUGUGAAGCAUGGCUGGAAAGUGGGAGACAAGUGUCUGGCUAUGUGGAGUCAGGACGGACAGAUUUAUGAAGCGGAGAUUGAGGAGAUAGACCGAGACAACGGCACUGCAGCCGUUACCUUCACUGGAUAUGGGAAUGCUGAAGUGAUUCCUCUACAGAACCUCAAGGCAGUAGAGGAAGGAAAGCUUUUGGAGGAGGAUGGGAGUAUGAAGCCAAAGUCGAGGAAAGAGCAGAUAGCAGAGCAGAGGGAGUAUAAAAAGAAGAAAGCUCAGAAGAAGGUACAGAGGAUGAAGGAGCUGGAGCAAGAACGAGAGGAGCAAAAGUCAAAGUGGCAGCAGUUCAACAACAAAGCCUACUCAAAGAACAAGAAAGGCCAGGUGAAGAGGAGCAUAUUUGCAUCUCCAGAAAGCGUCAACGGAAAGGUGGGAGUGGGAACGUGUGGUAUUGCAGACAAGCCUAUGACCCAAUACCAUGACACGUCCAAAUACAAUGUCAGACAUCUAAUGCCACAAUGACCUGAUAUGACCUGUACAUAAUAGUCCACUGUAUACUAGCUGUAUCAGUGCUUUCCAUUGUGUUUAUACAUGAUUUAAGUUUCUCGAGUAAAGUAAGUGCUUGCACACCAAUGUUUUGAAAUAUUGUUGUAGUUUCAUAUAUAUAUAUAUAAUAUUAUUAUUAUUAUUAUUAUUAUUAUCAUUAUUAUUAUUAUUGUUAGGCACAACAAAUAAAAUCCAUAUGAGGGACUUGCCCUCCAUUGGAGCAAGGUCAUCUAUUAUGUAAGAAAAGGAAAUGGUGUUUUAGAAAAGCCAUAGAGUUUGCUGUUUGUCCACUGAGGCCAAAUACCAUCUGUUUUAUUUAUAAACAUGCGCCUGUAGAUGUGGUUUUUGCAUUUGAGGCUGGAUUUUAAACAUUAACGUGUUCUAGGAAAGUCUGAAUUAAUAAUGGUGUUGAUUUUGAGUUGGCUGAAUUUAAGUUUUCCCUCAUGUACAUAUAACAGUGAAAUAAACAUUGUUUUCAGUUUUU